AUGAUGGUGACUGAUGUCUGGGACCUCCGGAACAAUCUUAUUAGUAGCAUAGAUCCAGGUGCCUUCUGGGGCCUGUCGUCGCUGAAGAGAUUGGACCUGACAAAUAACCGGAUAGGAUGCCUGAAUGCAGACAUAUUUCGAGGGCUCACCAAUCUGGUUAGGCUAAAUCUUUCAGGGAAUUUGUUUUCUUCAUUAUCUCAAGGAACUUUUGACUAUCUUGGCUCGCUGCGGUCUUUGGAAUUCCAGACUGAGUACCUGUUGUGUGAUUGUAACAUCCUGUGGAUGCACCGCUGGGUGAAGGAGAGGAACAUCACCGUGCGGGAUACCCGGUGUGCCUACCCCAAGUCCCUGCAGGCCCAGCCGGUCACCGGGGUGAAGCAGGAGCUGCUGACGUGCGACCCUCCCCUUGAAUUGCCAUCCUUCUACAUGACUCCAUCGCACCGACAAGUUGUGUUUGAGGGGGACAGCCUCCCUUUCCAAUGCAUGGCCUCCUACAUCGACCAGGACAUGCAGGUGCUGUGGUACCAGGAUGGACGGAUCGUUGAGACAGACGAAUCUCAAGGCAUCUUUGUGGAGAAGAAUAUGAUUCACAACUGCUCACUGAUCGCAAGUGCUCUCACCAUCUCCAACAUCCAGGCCGGAUCCACUGGAAACUGGGGCUGCCACGUCCAGACCAAGCGCGGGAACAACACGAGGACGGUGGACAUUGUGGUGCUGGAAAGUUCUGCCCAGUACUGCCCACCGGAGAGGGUGGUGAACAACAAAGGGGACUUCAGGUGGCCCCGCACGUUGGCGGGCAUUACCGCAUACCUGCAGUGCACUCGGAACACUCACGGCAGUGGGAUUUACCCCGGGAGCCCACAGGAUGAGAGGAAGGCUUGGCGCAGGUGUGACCGAGGUGGCUUUUGGGCAGAUGACGAUUAUUCACGAUGCCAGUAUGCAAAUGACGUCACUAGGGUCCUGUAUAUGUUUAAUCAGAUGCCCCUCAAUCUCACGAACGCUGUGGCCACAGCGCGACAGUUACUGGCUUACACCGUGGAGGCCGCCAACUUCUCUGACAAAAUGGAUGUGAUCUUCGUGGCCGAAAUGAUAGAAAAAUUUGGAAGAUUUACCAAGGAGGAAAAAUCAAAAGAGCUCGGCGACGUGAUGGUCGACAUUGCGAGUAACAUCAUGUUGGCUGACGAGCGAGUCCUGUGGCUGGCUCAGCGGGAAGCGAGAGCCUGCAGUAGAAUCGUUCAGUGUCUGCAGCGGAUCGCCACCUACCGCCUGGCCAACGGAGCUCACGUUUACUCUACA